AUGACAACACAACAUCCUCAUAGUCAAUUUACUCAAAACCAAGAAGUUUCACAAGACUUAAAUGAAUUUAAUAAGUUAUUGAGAACUAUUCAGAAUGAGAUUCAAUCUCCUGUACUUGAGAUUUUUGAUAAUGUCCGAGUGUCACAAUUUAAACAAAUGAUUUUUAAUCAACAACAAGUUAUUGCAAAUUUAAAGAAUCAAAUUGAUGUUAGUAGUAUAACUUUAAUGCAAUGUCAAACAUUUCAAAUUGAAAUUAGUAGGAUUCAAUAUUAUUUAACUUUAUAUUCUAAGACUCGAUUAAGAAAAAUUCACCAAAUGGCUCGAUGUAAUUCAAAUGAUACAUCUAAAAUGACUUCAGAUGAAAAUAUAUUAUUUGAAAAAUAUAAAAUAUUAAGAAAAGAAUUUCUUCAAAAAGCUCAAAUAUUUGAACCCAAAGCAGAAGCAAAACCAGAUAUGUCUACAUUUGUAUUUGUACGAGUAUUAACUAAUGUAGAUAAUUUCAAAAUUCAUCCAGAAUAUAAUGACUUUUGUAUUAUUAAUUUACCAAUUAGUGAUGAAUAUGGAUUUGAAAUGCAAAAAGGAGAAGUUUAUUUAUUUCCAUACUAUUCUGUUCAUGACUUUAUUAAUACAAAUACAUUUGAAUUAAUAUAA